AUGGUACAGUAUUUCGAGGAACACAGCAGGUCCAUGUUCGAGAUCAGAGACAGCAGAGUGGACUCGAAGCAAUCCUCAGUCACCAGGCAUAAGAAAAAGAUUCCAUCAGGCAAAGAGGUGAAGGUGCCACCGCCACCAUUGUCCCAAAAGUGGAAACGGGACUAUGAGCAAUCUCUGAUGACAGCUUAUGUUCCAGUAGUGGUGGGCCCUCGGGGGCAGAGCCUGGACAAUAUCAGGUUCAAAUUCUACACCCCCUGCUAUGCCAACUCUCUGAAUCCCUUCUACACCUUCCAGAAGCCCACCUGUGGCUACCUGUAUUGCAGGGAAACUGACAACACCCGCAAAAGGUUUAAAGUUCCUCCGGCAAACAUGAUCUUGUGGCGAACCUAG